GAGAAGGAUUUAGAAGGGAAAACUAGUCGGGCAAAUCGGUUCGGAGAAGGCGGAUAAGUUAUCGCUGGCUCUAACGUACGCCCGCUCCGGAAUACGUGUUAAGCGGAACUGUUCUUAACGGAUCUCCUGGAAAUACAUUUACAACAACUAACUAAACCAGGGUAUCAGGCGUUUAUUUAACUUUAAAAAGCGUAUAUGUAAUGUUGCUGAUCCUAACGUUGACGUGUAAAGAGUGGCGCAGCACGUACGCGGGUUGUUUCCGCGUAAAGUUCGCCAAAGAUUUCGUCAAAAGACUGCCGAAUAACGACACAUGUAACAAUAUCGCUAAAUGUCGUUUUUGGUCCAGAUCCAAACGGACAAAGCUGGUUAGACACGACUAGUUGGGCCAACCUGCCCACAGUACUAGUUAGUAUAACCACAGCUAACGCUAGUUACGUGCAGAGAGUCGCUGUUAGGACGUGGUUCUGGGGAUCAGGGGGGGUUCAGCGCUUCAACCCACCAUGUACUGGACCUUCACAGGUCCAGAGAGGUCCUAUGACCCGGGUGAAACGCUGCGUGGGCUGCCUCGAUGGCCGUGUAGGUCUCGGUGGGACUCUGUUAACGGCGGUCCUUUAGUCCACUCCCCACACGCAUCGUCGCUGGGGUUUGAGCAGCCCUGCGUUUUUCAUUAUCUGUCACAUUAAGACUUGGUUCUGCACUUUUCCGCGGCCUUGCAGCCCGGGAUGACUGUUAUAGGGACUCUGAUCGCUAACGUUACACAGGAGGAUUCGUGUUUUUUCAUAAUUGGAUCGGUCUCACUACAGAUCCCUGGGAUUUGAUUUCGAAUCAUGCCGUCCAAAACGGCCAAGAGCUCCACUGCGACGGCCAAGUCGAGAGGGAAAGGGUCUCAGCCCCGGAGUGACUCCGAGGACGAGCUGGUUGGACCCCCUAAAGUAACCAGGUCCAAAGUAACCAGUUCCAAAGAAACCAGUUCCAGUGCUCAAGAGGAGGCACCUCCGACCACUGAUCCGUCUCAGGGGCAGGGCGCCGAGGUGGUUGAUGACCGGAGUUUGGAGGAGAUUCUCGGUAGCAUCCCUCCACCCCCGCCCCCCGCCAUGACCAAUGAACCGGGCGCUCCACGCUUGAUGAUAACGCAUUUAGUUAAUAGGAAUUUUAAAUCGUAUGCCGGUGAGCAGAUUCUGGGACCUUUCCACAAGCGCUUUUCCUGCAUUAUUGGGCCGAACGGCAGUGGAAAGUCCAACGUCAUAGACUCCAUGCUCUUUGUGUUCGGCUGCAGAGCUCAAAAGAUCAGGUCAAAAAAGGUCUCUGUGCUGAUUCACAGCUCAGAGGAGCACAAGGAUGUGCAAAGCUGCACAGUGGAAGUGCACUUUCACAAGAUUAUUGACAAGGAAGGAGACGACUACGAAGUCAUCCCCAACAGCAAGUUCUUCGUUUCAAGGACUGGCAACAAAGACAAUUCCUCAGCAUAUAAUAUCGACGGCAAGAAAGCCACAUUCAAAGAUGUGGGGAUUCUGCUACGAAGCCAUGGUAUUGACCUUGACCACAACAGAUUCCUAAUUUUACAGGGGGAGGUGGAGCACAUAGCCAUGAUGAAGCCCAAGGGCCAGACGGUGCAUGAUGACGGGAUGCUGGAGUACAUGGAGGACAUCAUCGGCUCGUGCCGCCUGAAGCAGCCCAUCCUCCAGCUAUCCCGGCGGGUAGAGCUCCUGAACGAGACCCGGGGAGAGAAGCUGAACCGCGUGAAGCUAGUGGAGAAGGAGAAGAACGCGCUGGAGGUGGAGAAGAACACGGCGGUGGAGUUCCUCACCCUGGAGAACGACAUCAUCAGGCAGAAGAGCAAGAUCUUCCAGUACUACGCUCACGACCUGCAGAGGCGUGUGGCGUGCAAAGAAGAGGAAAAGCAGAAGAUCUUGGAGGACACAAAGGAGGUGACUGAGAAGAACACCAAGAUCGCAGAGGACAUGGAGAAAAUGAACCAGGAGCUGAAGAACGUGGAGAAGAAGCAGAACAAACUGACUAAGUACAUCGAGACCCAGAAGGCCAAGUUCAACCAGCUGGACCUGCACGACGUGGAGAUGAGGGAGAAGAACAAACACACCAAAAGCAAGAGCAAGAAGGGGCAGAAGCAGCUGGAGAAGGACAAGGAGAAGCUGGAGGAGGUGCGCAACGUGCCGGCGAGCAGCGCAAAGACCAUCGCCGAGGCGACCGCCCGCAAGGAGGAGCUGGAGACGGUCCAGGUCAGAGAGGAGGCGAAGCUGAAGGAGGUGAUGGAGAGUCUGAAGGAGGAGACCAGCGGCCUGCAGCAGGACAAGGAGGCCAAAGAGAAGGAGCUGAUGGAGCUGAGCAAGGCGGUGAACGAGACGCGGUCCCGCAUGGACCUGGCCCAGUCGGAGCUGGGCCUCUACCUGAGCCGCCACAACACGGCGCUCACCCAGCUCAACACGGCCAAGCAGACGCUGCAGGCCACCUCGGACACGCUGAAGGAGCGGCGCGCGGCCAUCAAGGACCUGCAGGAGAAGAUCCCGAAGAGCGAGCUGGAGCUCAGGACGCAAGAGGGCGAGCUGGAGAAGCUGCUGAAGGUGGAGAACGACAACAGGGAGCUGGUGAGGGACAUGAGGCAGAAGGUGGAGGAGGCCAAGAGCUCCCAGUCCUCCAACCGCAGCCGGGGCAAGGUGCUGGAGGCCCUCAUGGCCCAGAAGAGCAGCGGCCACAUCCCCGGCAUCCUGGGCCGACUGGGGGACCUCGGGGCUAUCGAUGAGAAGUACGACGUGGCCAUCUCCUCCAGCUGUGGCGCCCUGGACAACAUCCUGGUGGACACCAUCGACACCGCCCAGAAGUGUGUGACCUUCCUCAAGACCCAGAACAUAGGGGUGGCCACCUUCAUAGGCCUCGACAAGAUGAAGGUGUGGGAGAGGAACAUGGCGCCCGUCACCACGCCGGAGAGCUGCCCCCGCCUGUUCGACAUGGUGCGGGUGAACGACGACAGCGUGCGGCCGGCCUUCUACUUCGCCCUGCGGGACACCCUGGUGGCCCGGGACAUGGAGCAGGCCACGCGCAUGGCCUUCCAGAAGGACAAGCGCUGGCGGGUGGUGACCAUGCAGGGGCAGAUCAUCGAGAUGGCCGGUACCAUGACCGGAGGAGGGCGGGCGAUGAAGGGCAGGAUGGGGUCCUCCAUCGGGGCCGAGGUCCCCCAAGACGAGCUGGACCGCAUGGAGGUGAAGCUCCAGCAGAAGGUGGUGCAGCUGCAGGGCUUCCAGGAGAGGAAGCUGCAGCUGGAGGAGAGUGUGCAGGGCCUCCGACCCCAGCUGCGGGAGAUGAAGAACACCCUGGAGAAAUACUCCAAGAGCAUGACGAGUCUGGCCGAGCAGGAGGCCCACCUGAGACCCCAGAUCAAGGAGCUGGAGGCCAACGUGCUGGCAGCCGCCCCGGACAAAACCGUGCAGAAGCAGAUGGAGAAGGGCCUGCAGGCCUUCACGAAGGACUUUGAGGCGGCGUCCAGCAAGGCGGGGAAGGUGGAGGCGGAGGUGAAGCGGCUCCACACCCUGAUCGUGGACAUCAGCAGCCACAAGCUGAAGGCCCAGAGGGACAAGAUGGACAAGGUCAACAAGGAGCUGGACGACUGCACCUCGGCCAUCACCAAGGCCCAGGUGGCCAUCAAGACGGCAGCGCGCAACCUGAAGAAGUGUGAGGAGUCGGUGAGCCGGCUGGAGGAGGAGCAGGAGGAGAACAAGAAGACGUUGGAGGAGCUGACCGCGCUCCUCAUGAAGCUGGAGGAGGAGGCUAAGGAGGUGAUGAAGGCCUGCCAGGAGGCCGAGGCGGCGCUGCCGGAGGUGCAGCAGCAGUACCAGGCGGUGGUGAACCAGAUGAAGGGCCUGCAGCAGCAGGAGCACGCCCUGCAGGAGGAGUCGCUCAGCAUCCGCCUCCGCAUCGAGCAGAUCGACGCCACCAUCUCAGAGCAGGGCGGCAAGAUCAGCCACUACCACAAAGAGGCCUCCAAGCUGGCUCUACACGCCAUCGGCGACAAGCCGGCCGAAGAGCUCCCCAAGCUCAGCGCCGCCGACCUGGACGCCAUCGCCGACCCCAACGUCCUCACCAAGAACAGGGCCCUGCUGGAGGCGCAGUGCGCCCAGAUGAAGCCCAACCUGGGGGCCAUCGCCGAGUACGAGAAGAAGGAGGAGCUGUACCUGCAGCGCGUGGCCCAGCUGGACCAGAUCACCGGCGAGAGGGACGACUUCAAGCGCAGCUACGAGGACCUGCGCAAGCAGCGGCUCAACGAGUUCAUGACGGGCUUCAACAUCAUCACCAACAAGCUGAAGGAGAACUACCAGAUGCUGACCCUGGGGGGCGACGCCGAGCUGGAGCUGGUGGACAGCCUGGACCCCUUCUCCGAGGGCAUCAUGUUCAGCGUGCGUCCGCCCAAGAAGAGCUGGAAGAAGAUCUUCAACCUGUCUGGGGGGGAGAAGACGCUGAGCUCUCUGGCGCUGGUGUUCGCGCUGCACCACUUCAAACCCACGCCGCUGUACUUCCUGGACGAGAUCGACGCCGCGCUCGACUUCAAGAACGUCUCCAUCGUGGCCUGCUACAUCUACGAGCAAACCAAGAACGCCCAGUUCAUCAUCAUCUCCUUGAGGAACAACAUGUUCGAGAUCGCCGACCGACUGAUUGGCAUCUACAAGACUCACAACACCACCAAGAACGUGGGCAUCAACCCCAAAACCAUCGCGUUCAAGGACCACGGGGGCGUCACCGCCUGAGGCCGCGGAACUCUUUUUAAACCCCUUUUUAAACCAUGUAAAUAGGUCAUGUCGUCUUUAAUCAAGUCUUUCUACUGAACUCUUUAUGUUCGACUCUGCUGCUCAUGGCCACUGCAUGCUAACUGUAUGCAGCUGGCUACUUUAAUAAAAAAAACAAUAUUAAACUCUGAACUGAAUGUCUUUACUGAUCAGAC